AUGGAGGUACAAAAUCAAGAAGAAGUGGGGAGCGUUGAUGAUAGUGAGGACGAGUUGCAAGAAGAGCAGAUAGAGAGGGAACAACGGGCAGGAUCAGGCGAAGACAACGAGGAACCCAAUGAACUGCAGCAAGUUGAGCCUGAAAAAGACGAAGAACCAAAACAAGCCCAAGACGAACUUACUGAACUGCAACAAGUUGAACCUGAACGAGACAAAGAACCAAAACAAGGCCAAGACGAACAUACUGAGCAGCAGCAAGUUGAACGACAACACGAAGAACAAAAACAAGGCCAAAACGAAACCAGUGAACAGGAGCAAGUUGAAUCUAAACGAGACGAAGCACCAAACGAUGAUCCCGAAGAACCCAUCACAAAGCUGGAAGUUGGACCUGGUCAUUCAAAGGGACACGAAGAAGUAAGUGAACAGCAGCCAGAAGACCAUGAGCUGAACAAAGACCAUGAAAAUCCUGAGCGUGAGCAAGAUGAAACUGCUGAAGAAAGGCCAGAAGGGGAUGGCCAGGAAUCCAAACAGCAGCGUACUCAAGAAGAAGAGGAAAAAGAACAGAAAUUCGACCAUGGGCUAGAGCGUGGUGCUAAAAAAGAGAAGUCGAAAAGAAUUCAAAAAGAAAGUGAACAGCAACAAGAAGGAAAUGAGCCAGAUGAACAAGAGCAAGAGCUGAAACAUGAAGAAACCGAAAAUCAGCAAGUUGAUUCUGAUCAAGGAGGCCGAGAAAAAGACCACAAAGGUCCAAAACAGGUAGAAAUUGAACAAGAGAAACCAAGAGGAGUGUAUGAGGAAGCAAACCAAGUUCAACUGCAGGACAAAAAACAGCAGUCAAAACGAAAUAACGAGGACUCCCAACAUCGGGGUGAAGAGUCUAUGGAAGAUGAAUCACCACGACACCAGCAGAUUAUGGACGAAGAGCAAGACGAAGAAGAUGAUAUGGUGCUGGACACACGUUUGUAACGGGUAGCACUGACUUAUCAAGUCCUUUUAGUUCUAAUUAUUGCAAUAGAAGUAGAAAGAUUACAUACUGUUGUGUCAUGGAAAUAGUACAUUUACUUAACCAAGAACAUUUUCAGAAAAAAUGAUCGAAAAAAAGAAUCAAAGUAACUAACUCGCACUCGUUAUGUUUGUUGGGAACCGUUUGAUCAUCUAGGUUGUC